CUGCACCUUCCUCUCCGAGUCUGUUUCUGUCACAGUGAAGAGAGCAUAGACGAAGCUGAGCGGAACAGGAUGCAGGCUAUCAAAUGUGUGGUCGUGGGAGAUGGAGCUGUGGGGAAAACAUGUCUUCUCAUCAGCUACACAACCAAUGCCUUCCCCGGGGAGUACAUUCCUACUGUCUUUGACAACUACUCAGCUAAUGUAAUGGUGGACAGCAAGCCAGUCAACCUGGGCCUCUGGGAUACGGCUGGACAGGAAGACUACGACAGGCUCCGCCCACUGUCCUACCCACAGACGGAUGUGUUCCUGAUCUGUUUCUCUCUGGUGAGCCCGGCGUCCUACGAGAACGUCAGAGCUAAGUGGUACCCAGAGGUUCGCCACCACUGCCCCUCCACACCCAUAAUCCUGGUGGGCACCAAGCUGGAUCUGAGGGACGAGAAGGAUACCAUUGAGAAGCUGAAGGAAAAGAAGCUGGCACCAAUCACCUACCCUCAGGGCCUGGCUCUGGCCAAGGAGAUAGACGCCGUGAAGUACCUGGAGUGUUCGGCUUUGACCCAGCGUGGUCUGAAGACUGUGUUCGAUGAGGCCAUUCGUGCCGUGCUCUGCCCUCAGCCCACCAAGGUCAAAAAGAAGCCCUGCUCACUGCUGUAAAUGAUUUUUGCAGAACCAGAAAGAAGAGAGAGAUUCAGACCGCUGACCUUGGACUAAAAGAAGAGGAUUUGAAAGUUCUGCUAUGUUUCUAAUAAGAAACUAUGACUAGAUUUCAACUAGUUAAAACAAAACGCUUUUGCAGUUACAAUAAAACAGCAGCAAACCUUUCUGUACAGCAUACUCUGAGACUGAAUUUUAAAGUGCAUUACAGACGCAGCACCAGGGCAGGAUUUUUUCUCUAAAAUAAAUCAUCUCAUCAGAAUGAAUCACUAAAUGUGGAAGCAACAGGCUGCCCCAUGUAAGCUCAGGAGCAGCUUGCCAGCUUUAUCCGGUGUACCAACAUUCCUGGACACAUCUCACUGCCCUUUUGGAGCCAAAAUAUAUAUGAAAGGUCAUUUGCAGCUUCAAAUAAUAUUUGUUAUUGAGUGCAAACAUUGUAUUGCAAUAAGAAUGGUUAACAAUGUGUUGUGGUUUGUUGGAAUCAGAAAUGUAGCUUUGUAUGAGCAGGGAGCUGAACUAUGUUGUAUUUGAAUACAAUGUAUUAAAUGUAUUUUUUUGUUGUAAUAAUAGAAUAAAAAACAUCAAGUUA